AUGAACAUUUAUGGUAGGAGGAGGAUGAAAAGGUUGGUCAGAAGGAGGGAUAGUAGUGAGAAGGGGGGAGGACAAAGCCAAGAAAUAUGUAAGGGUGCAUUGAUAGUCAAGUUUUGUUUUGGAGUAGGGCAACAAAUACGGGUAGAAAAGAUAACUGAAAGGUUUGAAAAUAGAGUAGUUAGGAGUUUUGUGAAAAAUAACCUCAAAGGAAGACUUCUAGUUGAGCACCAGAGAGGGUAUGCAAUUGAUGAUGAAGAUGUAGUGCUAAAUGCUUCGACCCAAAAUUUUGAAGGAAGGGAGGAAGCAGUUAGCAAGGGGUUAUAUCGCGUUGUUUGUGACCCUCCAAUCGUUCCUCCUGAUGCAUCUGAGAUGCUUCAAUUUGAGAAACAGUGA